UGGCUGAGGAUGGCUACGCGUGCACUUCUAGCAGUCUUACUGUUUUCUCUACCUGCUCUUAUUUUGUCACAGCACACGGGGUGCCCGGAUGUUGACCCAACGCUGACCCCAUGGAACCCUAGGCACGACCCCACCGCGCAGGUGGUUGUGGGUAGGGGACAGAACUACCUGCUCCAAUCAUCCGCCACCUUUUUCUCACUAGAAAUCAAAGAUGGAGGUCGUGUUGUAUUUGCCGACCUUGGAUCUGCAAGUACCAACGAGAUCAUUCUUCGGUCACGUGAGAUCACCUUGGGCAGCGAUGGCGAGUUCCACAUCGGCAGUGAGACCUGCCCGUACCAGGGGAAGGCCACGGUGUCCCUGUACGACCGCAAGGACGACCAGAAGAACAGCAAACAGUUCCUGGUCAUGGCAGGUGGGACACUGGAGAUCCACGGGCAACACAAGCUGGCGUGGACACAGCUCACACAGACAGUGCCACAAGGAGGACUUCCUAAGGGAGCCUACUACUACACAUCUGACGGUAAGGGAUGGGUCCGUGGGAUCCACUUGCGCGUCAUCGACGAAAUAACCGGAGCUGUGGUGGACUCGGCAAGGUUCGACACUUACGCCGACGCGGAGAACAGCCGAAGUUUGGCGACAUUCAUCGACCAGGUACCUUCGGGAAAGAUCGUGGCUCUGGCGACGUUCGACGAACCAUCCCGAAAUCUAGAGGACUCUGCAAAGGAGAAGCUUAGAGAGCUUGGGAGCGUGGAGGUGGACUCAUUGGGAAUUAGGAAUCCGUGGGUGUUUGUCAGUGUAAAGGGAGAUCCCAGCGUUGCUGUUGAACAAAGGAUCCCAUACAUAGACACAGAGACUACUGGUACAGCAACGGUGACAGCUAUCUUUGAUGCCUUCUUCGGAUCCUUCAAAGUCGUCCUUAAGAGUGAAUGGUUGGCAGGAACGAGAUGCAGUUUUUCCAUCGAGCCAACUGCUGACGAAUACGUCAUCAACCUGAAGGAUGACGUCACUUCCUGGCAGCCUGGGGACCACAUCGUGCUGGCCAGCACGGACUACAAUAUGGAGCAGGCAGAAGAGUUCCAGCUGCUGCCGUGCCAGGAGUGCUCCAGCCAUCAGGUCAAAAUCAGCGGUACAACCGAGUACAUGCACUUUGGGGAGAUAACCGAUGACGUAGACUUGCGGGGAGAAGUCGGUCUUCUGACUAGGAACAUCAAGUUCCAGGGGGAGGUAGAGGACAGCUGCUACGGAGAUAAUUUCUGUCAGUUCUUCGACUAUGAUACGUAUGGAGGGCAUCUCAAGGUUUUGCAAGGCUUCAAGAACGUUCACUUGUCCGGUAUCGAGUUCACCCGCAUGGGCCAGCAAGUGCAGGGCAGCUACCCUGUCCACUUCCACAUGGCCGGAGAUGUGGACGAGGUCGGAGGCUACAGCCGCCCAACGUACGUCCGAGAGCUGUCCAUUCACCACUGCUUCUCUCGCUGUGUGACCAUUCAUGGCACUCACGGGCUGCUGGUCCAAGACACGGUUGGUUACGACACACUCGGGCACUGUUACUUCUUGGAGGAUGGCUGGGAGCAGCGUAACGUUCUGGACCACAACCUGGGCCUGGUAACCAGACCUGGCACCUUGCUGCCCAGCGACAGGGACACCAACAUUCUCAAAGUCAUGGGGAUAUGGUUCAUCUUCCACCGAGAACCCACAGGUCCGUCCGCAGGGGCUCUUCCCAAAUGGGAGGCGGAGCGAACCCCACUAGGACGCCUCUACAACAACAGAGUGCACUCCAAUGGAAGAGCUGGAUUGAUGUUGGACGGGGGAGUGAAGACCACACAACCGACAGCAAACUCACCGUAUGAGUACCUGUCCAUAGGGCACGGAGGAGGGGCACGGUACAAGCCUCACCAGAACGCCGACCUGUCCCAGCCGCGGGUACCUGCCAUGAUUGAGGGGCUCAUCGCCUCCAAGAACUGGGUCUGGGGCUCCUGGAUACGGGGAGGGGACAUCUGGUUCGACAAAUGCGCUUUCGUGGACAACGGCAUAGGACUUACAAUGGCGAGUGAAGGCGCCUUCCCUAACGACGAAGGGUCUACCCAGCAAAUUUGGAACAGUAUCUUCAUCGGGGAGAGUGAGAACGUGGGCACGGAAAGCGGGGCCAGGGUCUGGGGAAUGGGCGGGGUGAAACCGGUGGAGAGGAGCCUACCUCACGGCACGAACCAUCCACUGGUUGGACUAGACGUAUACGACGGUCCAAUCUUAGCCGACGGUUGCACCUUCAAGAGGUACGCCACAGCACCGGAGUACGACCGCUGGUCCAGCGCUUUAGGGUUCCACAGAACCAACACCUGGCAAAACACCCCGACCAGUAACAUCACACGGGCCAAAUUUGACAAUGUCCAAAGUCGUAUGUUUCUGGGUGGGCCGGGACUGCCGUCAUUCGGUCAGAACAACAAAGACGGAGAUAAGACCAACAUUCUGCACGACCUGGACGGGAGCCUCACCGGCUACCCGGACAGCUACUUAGUCGGGCCGGACAACUACCUGGUCAGGAACCCCGGCUGCGUGGAGAAGCCGGAGUGGCGCGGUACCUUCUGCAGCGGGAAGUAUGGCCAGUGGUGGGUGCAAGCGAAGCUACCGAACACGCUGAAGAUGUCCCUGGUUCGUGACGAGUAUCCAGACCAUCCAAUGACCCUUGCCGGACCGCUAUCUCAUGCUAACAGUUACCAACAGUACCAGCCUGUGGUCACGCUGAACACCUCCUACACCAUCCACUGGGACGGGCGGGCUCCGGAACAGAUCUUCCUUUACCCCAUAAACUUCAACAGUGGAGACUGGAUCCGAGUAGGCCUCUGCUACCCACCAGGAACCACAUUCGAUGUCAGGUACCAACGACAUGAGUACCGAAAUCAGUGGAACAAAUAUCAGAACGAAGACGCCCAGCCCGUGUCCAGCCUGGCUGCUGUGGAGGCCGGCGACGGCAAACUCUUCUACUUCGAAGAAAGCACGGGUCUGUUGUUCCUGAAAAUCCGCGCAAACUAUGAUCGGGAAGGCGACAGCUACUGUUCAAACAUGGGCUGUGAGAGGAUCAGAAUUGCGGCAACAAUGACAAGUGACGCGGUCAGCAACUGUAUGUCUACAGCGUAUCCCAAGUACAGCCUGACACCGACAGAGACUGUCCCCAUGUCCAGUUUCCUUAGUAUGGCCCACGACUGUACUGGGUGUGGCGCUACGGAGCCAAUCGUCUACGACGUUAACCAGAAGUUCCUGGAAGUGACCGUGGUCUCAGCCGGGUACAACGAAAUGUGGCAGCAGGGCCAUAGGUCGUUCAUCGAGAUAGACGGAGUGCGGUAUGAUAGUCAUUACCGGGGAUUCCUCGUCGUCGCACUUGACGCUCUGACGGGCGCCGCCGCGACGCAUCACGAGACGUUCGACACGCACGGACAAGCCGGGGCUGACGUGGCGAUGGCGAAUUUCAUACGUAACGUCAUACCGCAAAACUCCAUCGUGCUGGUGGCAGUAAGUGACGCGUCCAGCCAACACGCGCAGGAGUGUCUGACAGCGCUGAGGGAGAUCGGAGCUCAGGAGCCCGUCAAGACAGACUUCAGAGGCAAUUUCGCCAUGGUUGGUUUCAAGGGCACCUACUGGCCCAGCUGGGUCCAGCAAGUCAACCUGCCGUCCGGUCAGGGGCCGGCACAGAUCUACACCAAGAUCCCGCUCAUGGCUUGA